AUGAGCUUCCUCUCCCGCGUGGUCACUUUCUUCGGCCUCAUCCUGCUGGUUCAUGCAGGCUAUUCCGCCCACGAACACACUGUCCUCUCCAGCAACAUCGCAUCGACCACCCUCCCGCAAGAUAUCAUCCUUGAAACCCUUGUUUCCGUUCUUGUUGUCUCAGUGGGACUAGUAUUGAGCGCACAAAAAUUGAAACCCAUUAGUUGGCGCGAAUGGGCGGGUGAGAUCGAACGGAAUGGCGGAGCGCGCAACCCGUAUCUGAGUCUCGAGGAGCGGUAUGGAUUCUGGGAUAUUCGGGCCAAGAGGAAGGAAUUUGCGGACUGGGUUCGUGGACAGGAUGUGUCGAUCAAGGAGUGA